UCAACGAAGUCGUGUGCGAAUAACGUUCUGAAUAAUCACGCUGUCGGUGCAUUUUCUCGAACGUUUAUAUAUCGUAUCAAAACUUUAUACAGAAGUUUGUGGAAGAUUUUGGUGCGGGUCACGGAUUCCACAAAUAUCGGUGGAGCUGAAGUAGGACGAAAGCUGACUGGUAAUAAAAACAAAGCGAUUUCCACGGUUGUCGCAUUAUGGUAGAUUACGGAGCAGGAGAGAGAGGCAACAGGUUUGUCUGCCCGAACGAUAGACAAUUAGCAUUGAGAGCAAAACUAAAUACGGGUUGGAGCGUCAAAACAGCAACUCUAGGUUAUAAUGCCAAAUCACCCAAAACGUCCCCCCUUGCUGCCGAAGAACAGGAAGCUAUAGUGAAUGUUAUACAGAGGGCUGAGCAACUAGACGUCUCGGAACAAGAGAGAAUUGGAAAAUUGGUAGAGAGAUUGGAGAAUAUGAGACGAAAUGCUCUUGGCAGAAAUCCGUCGCAAUGCUUGUUAUGUGGUGACGGAUUCGGUAUACUGGGUUCGCAAAAAAUUGUUUGUAUGGAUUGCAGAAGGCUGGCAUGUCAGAAGUGCGCUAUAGAUUCUUAUGCUGGUACAAGUAACAG